AUGUACGAAACUAUCGAUAAUACGACGAAUAAAUCGUUGGCGUCAUCAUUAAUUGUUGGCUCAGUAAAACGUCUUGGUUCUCCAGCGAACCUAUUGAAUAUUUCUUUGUAUUUCAAAGUAUUGCCAGAAUAUAAACCCAAUGUAAGUGCCACAUAUCUAUGUUCAUUUUAUGAUAUCAAUAGUUCUCGGUGGGACGAAACGGGUUGUACUAAUCCUCAUUUCAACGAAACAUUCGAUCGAUAUGAAUGUAGUUGUAAUCAUCUUACUUCGUUUGCUUUGAUUUGGCUACCACAAUCAUUACUAGGAUCAUAUGGACGUGCUCUACGUGCAGCUGAUAUUGCAUCACUUGUAUUUCAAUCAAUGUCUGUUGUGUGCUUUUUAGCUACUAUAAUUCAUGCUAUUUAUGUUCGAGUUUCUAAUCCAUUAAUGCAUUUUCAAGCCAGUAAUAUACUCCCAUUAAUAUCAUGUGCAAGUACAACUAUUCUUUUUAUAUUCUACAUUUCACUUGGAAUGACAGUUUAUACUCAAACAUCAUCUGAAAAAGAAACGAAAUGUUUUCUAAGUUCAAGUGUAUUAAUGUUUGUUGUUUAUUUCUUUUUAAUUUUUAUGUUUUGUACCAAAACAAGUAUUGGUUAUUUCAAUUAUCUUCGCUUUGUUCAUCUCUUCCCUCAACCGUCAUUGCGUCGACUAUUCAGUUUACUUAUUAUUUCAUUUUUUUUCUCUAUAACUUGGGUUUCUUUUGCAGCUGGUUUUAAUUCUAAUUCAUCAUUCAAUAUUACUCAAUUAUAUCCAUACAGACUUUGUUGGUUUACUCGAGAUGUUGUCUAUUAUUUUAUGACAAUACCAAUAUGUAUAUUUCUUCUGGCUAAUUUCAUCACAAUCUUUUUUGUUGCUAAGCAUAUUAUAAAUCAUGUUCGAAAUGCUACAACUGUACAUCAAACAUAUGAACGAAUGAAACGAUGUGUUCUAGUUUUACUCUCAUCUUGUGUUACACAAGGUAUUGGAUGGUUAUUUGGUCCAUUUAUCUCAUUUGUGAGUCCAACAGCUGGAGAAGUUUUAGAAUGGUUUUUUAUUGUAUUCAAUGGAUUGGAAGGUGUUUGGUCUAUACUUCUCUAUUUUGUUAUUCUAUCACAACGAAUAGAUGAACAAAAACGUGUUACAGCUGCUAUUGAAAUUACGAGAUCGUCUAGUAUUAGAGCACGCAAAUAUGAGAAACGAUUUGGUGAAGAUGAUCGUAGACGAAGUAGUGCAAGAAUAGAGGAAGCGGAAGUUGUAGAACGAAAUGUACGUAAAGAAUCGGUAAAUGUAUUCGAUAAUCUAAGUGACGAUAUAAGUAUUGAUUUGUCAGUGAACGAACAAGUUAUUUCAUCAUUGUGA